UGCAAGUGGACUUUUAAGAGAGAAAAUCCAGAUGUGGGGAACAUUUUGCUACUCAGAAACGAAAGCGUGCACGGGACGGCAGUAGUUGCUAAGAAUUGAAUAAUGUAGGCAAUAAGAGUUCACAGAAGGCUUGAGUUUCAUCCACACAGCCUCAUCACAAUGUCUGGUCGCGGCAAGGGCGGGAAAGGCCUGGGCAAAGGCGGCGCCAAGUGCCACCGCAAGGUCCUGCGCGACAACAUCCAGGGCAUCACCAAGCCCGCCAUCCGCAGCCUGGCCCGGCGUGGAGGAGUCAAGCGCAUCUCCGGCCUCAUCUACGAGGAGACCCGCGGGGUGCUGAAGGUGUUCCUGGAGAACGUGAUCCGCAACGCGGUCACCUACACGGAGCACGCCAAGCGCAAGACCGUCACCGCCAUGGACGUGGUCUAUGCGCUCAAGCGCCAGGGCCGCACCCUCUACGGCUUCGGCGGCUUCGGCGGCUGA